GGUUUCCCUUAAAAAAAAAAAAUAAUAAUGUUUAAGGUUCUUCUUCGUUUCCCAAACUCUCUCUUUAUAAUGGAGCAUUUUCAAUAGGUCAUUUACACACCAAAAGCUUACUGAAACUAAUCAUGGUCCAAGAAAAGAAGGUGAUCGAUGAGGUUUCCGGUUGGCUUAGGCUCUUUGACGACGGAUCAGUCGACCGGACAUGGACGGGACCCCCUGAGGUCAAGUUCAUGACAGAGCCAGUCCCACCGCAUGUUGAGUUCAUCGACGGAGUUGCGACAAAAGACAUGGUCAUCGAUGAAACGUCCGGCCUUCGAGUUCGAAUUUACUUAUCUGAGAGAAAGCCGGAGGAUUAUGAGAGUCUGCCCAUAUUUCUCCACUUCCAUGGAGGCGGCUUUUGCAUUAGCCAAGCAGAUUGGUACAUGUACUACCACAUGUACACAAACCUCACACGUGCAGUCAACGCUAUAUGCGUCUCCGUCUAUCUACGCCUCGCACCGGAGCACCGUCUCCCGGCUCCGAUCGACGAUGGCUUCUCUGCUCUCCUCUGGCUCCGGUCCCUGGCUCGAGGUGAUUCAUAUGAACCAUGGUUCAACGACCAUGCUGACUUUAACCGUGUUUACCUCCUGGGGGAUAGCACAGGAGGAAACAUAGUCCAUGAAGUGGCUGCAAGAGCAGGGAAGCUGGAUUUGAGUCCGGCGAAAUUAUCCGGGGGGAUUCUUAUCCACCCUGGUUUUGUCCGGUCAUCGAGGAGCAGGUCAGAGCUGGAACAGCCGCAGUCACCUAUGCUUACUCUAGACAUGGUGGACAAGUUCCUGAGCUUUGCACUGCCGGUGGGGUCCACCAAGGACCAUCCGGUUACGUGUCCGAUGGGUUCCGGCGCACCACCGUUGGAAAGUCUGCAGCUGCCGCCGUUCCUUGUGUGCGUGGCAGAGAGAGACAUCAUGGUAGACACUGAGAUGGAAUACUAUGAGGCCAUGAAGAAGGCUGGUAAGGAUGUGGAGCUCCUGAUUAGCACUGGGGUGAGUCACAGUUUUUAUCUUAACAAGAUUGCUGUGGACAUGGAUCCGCAAACGGGAGUACAAACUGCAAUCCUAAUUUCAAGAAUCAGAGAGUUCGUCAACAAUUAAGUAGUGAAAUAUUUAGCCUCGUUGAUAUUAAUUUUAAGUUUUAAGCAAGUAAUCUUGCAAAGCAGCCCCCUCUCUCUCUCUUCUGUUCUGCUCUGUUCUUCAAUUUCGAAUCUUUACAAGGAUUGAUUGCUGAUCAGUGUUUUUUGCUUGCCAAUUUGGACUCUGGAGCCUGGAAUCUCAUCUGGGUUUUAUCCGUUUUGGGUGAUUUGGGAUUGGGUUUCUGGGGUUUUGUUCUUUGGUGGGUUGUGAAUUUGGUUUAUUGGGUUUUGAUAUUGGUUAUUUAUGCGCUGAGAUUUUCUGUGGAUUAUAGAAAGGUUGGAACUGGGUUUC